CGCUGCACCGUCGCCACCGCCUGCACCGUCGCCACCGCCAAUCUCCGCCGAUCACUACUGUCUUCAUCCUUCCUUCUCAACACAUCACCACUGUUGCCAUGCUUCCUUCCCAACACCUAAUCACCGUCGCCUUUCUUCGCCGCCAUCAAUAACUCAUUCCGGUGAUUCCUCACAGCUCACUUUCAUCCACGAAAUCAUAGGUUGUGUUGCUAAUGGAUGAGAUAUCGUCUUCCACAAAUGUCACUCAAGAUGUUGGUUCAAUCUCCGAUGAAAAUAAAGAAUCGUGGCAACAUUUUGUCUUCCACGAGCUUUCAUCAAUCAAGGAUUUCUAUGCUAAAUACGCUCAUGAAAAGGGAUUUAGCGUGAGAAGAAAUUUGCACUCCUUCUAUGAUUCUCGUAACAAAAAAACGGACAUUGUGCAAUAUAUCCGUUAUGUUUGUAACAAGCAUGGUUUCAAGCACGGAAGUCGGGCGGAUCCUAAGAACAAGACAAACUCGGAUACUCCUGUUCUCAUUGAAUAUCAGAAAGAGAAAGAACUUCCCGAGGAAAGGACUGGUUGCCCAGCUAGUAUUUCGUUGAAGUAUGAUUCCAAUGUUAAAGGUUAUCACAUAUACAAAUGGAAUGUUACUCAUAACCACCCUCUCCAUAAACCCGAGCAUUCGCAUUACUUGAGAUCGGCUCGAGAGAUUAGUGAGCCUCAAAAACAACUUGCUAUAAUAAAUUCAAAAUCAGGCAUGUCUGUAAGAUCCUCCUUUCAAGUUAUGCGUCAAAUAGCUGGUGGUUCAAAGAACCUUGGGUAUUGCUUCCAAGAUUUAAAGAACUUUCUCACCACUGUUCGACAAAAGGAAAUGGUCAUUGGUGAUGCAACUAUUAUCCAAGAAUAUCUUAGAAACGAAGCUUUGAGGAACCCGUCAUUUUAUUAUGAUAUCCAAGUAGAUUCUGAAGAGAACAUAGCUAGUAUUUUCUGGUCAGAUGCAAUCAUGCAGCAAGACUAUGAAUUAUUUGGUGAUCUCAUCAGUUUCGACACUACUUAUCGAACAAAUACGGAGUAUCGCCCAUUAGCUCCGUUCCUUGGAUUUGACAACCACCGUAAGAGUGUAUUAUUUGGUUGUGCCCUGCUCUACGAUGAGACUUCAGCAAGUUUUUAUUGGUUGUUUACCACUUUCCUGAAGUGCAUGAAAAAUAAGAAACCCAUUACAAUUUAUACAGACCAAGCUUCUGCUUUGAUGAAGUCAGUUCCAAACAUCUUCCCCGAUGUCUUCCAUGGGUUGUGUUCUUGGCACAUGGGGGAGAAUGCAAAGUCCAACUUAGGCUCUCGUUGCAAUGGUGCAUUUCUUGACGAACUACAUCACUUGGUUUCGAAUGUUGAUGAUGAGGCAGAGUUUGACUUCAAUUGGAAUAAGAUGCUUCAAAAUUGUUUUGGUGGUAAAGCCACUUCUGAAUUUACUUGGCUUGUACAGAUUCAUCGUAAUCGUACUCAAUGGUCUUCUGCUUUGGUGAAAUCACACUUCACUGCCGGUUUGAAGACCACACAGUUAAGCGAGUCGUUCAAUGCCUUUCUUCGCCACUUUCUUCAGCCAGACCACUCACUUGUGCAAUUCUUUAUCCAUUUCAAUGUUAUGGUUGAGAAAAUGCGAGAUAAUCAUGCUGAUUGUGAUUUCAAGGCUGCCAAUACUAGGCCAAGAAACAAUUAUCCCAACAGCCAACUCAUGAGGUCCGUUGUCGCCAAGUAUACUCCAGCAUCGUUUGCAUUCAUUCACAAGCAAUAUGAUCUUUCUUUCAAAUAUUAUUAUGAGGAGGUCACGUCAAGAAGUUCAAUUUCUAAUAGAGUUUUCAAAGUGUUCACAAUUCAACUUGUUCGUGAUGCCGAUGAGAUGGAUUUUGAUAAUGAUGCCACUGCGAAUGUUUAUAUGUCGGUCGAAGAAGUUCCAGAAAACUUUCUUCCUAAUGAUCAAGAUCCUUUGUGA